AAGGUCGGCCACACAUGAAUUUGAACUUUCCACUCAGAAAAGCGUGCAAAAAAAGGACCAUCGCGAACUUCAGAGUAUCAAGGUCACCAAUCUAACCCGACUUCAUACGCUCUCACGACGCCCCCGACGCCAAAAUGAAGUUCCUCAAGGUUGGCCGAGUGGCCAUCAUCACCCGUGGCCGAUACGCCGGAAAGAAGGUCGUGAUCAUCCAGCCCGUCGACAGCGGCAACAAGACACACCCCUAUGGCCACGCCCUGGUCGCCGGCAUCGAGCGCUACCCGUCCAAGAUUACCCGCCGCAUGUCUAAGACGAGACAAGAGAAGCGAUCCAAGAUCAAGCCUUUCAUUAAGGCUAUCAACUACAACCACUUGAUGCCCACUCGUUACACGCUCGAACUCGAGGGCCUGAAGGGUGCAUUGACGGCCGACACUUUCAAGGAGGUCAGCCAGCGUGAGGAUGCCAAGAAGAACGUCAAGAAGGUGCUUGAGGAGCGCUACACGAGCGGCAAGAACCGCUGGUUCUUUACACCUCUGAAAUUCUAAACUCGUUUCCUCUCCGCGUUCUCAUGUCGUUUGGUUCGGGGGUUAAAGGACUGGGAUGUAUAUUGCAUCAACAUGGCAUAGGAGCCCAAAGGGAUUUGCUCUGAAUCUGAAAGCAUUGACAAGACCAUUCUCAGUCCCAUACGUGUCUGCUUCAAGUGAUGUGAUGCUGUAAUGCAUCGA